AUGUCGUCUCCUGACCCUAACCCACUCAGUCUGGGCCUCCACUUCCAACUGCUCAAGAGGGCUGGCUCGCUCAUCUCCUCGCUAGAUGAGCUGCGUAACGACCUGUCGGAAGUCGCCGAGCUCUCCUUCCCGCAGAUCAUCGUCGUCGGCCAGGAAAGCUCGGGCAAGAGCUCCGUUCUCGAGCGUAUCGCCAUGCUCAAGUUCUUCCCUCGCUCCGACAAGAUGUGCACGCGCAUGCCCAUCAAGCUCCAGCUCAAGCACAUGAGCCCAACCGACAUGACGAGGUUCUGCGAAGACCACGAGGAGGCCUAUCGCGACGGUGUGGCGUUUGUGCGGGCCAGGAUGGAGUACGCCGACAGGAGCACCAGCAGUUGGUCUGUCUUCUUGCCCGUCGAGGCCGUGGAGAAACUGGUGCGCGAUACCAUGGAACAAGCAGUACAGGCCAGGAACGCCACGCUGGCAGGCACGGUGCCCAACCUCACCCUCAUCGACCUGCCCGGAACCUGUGAAGUCGCGCGUGCGGGCGAGCCGGAGAACAUCAAGGAGAGCACGGAGUCGCUGGUGGAAAAGUACCUCAAACAGGACCACACCCUCGUGCUCUUGGUGAUGUCUGCGUGCGACCGCAUGCACAACUACCGCCCCCUGACGGUCGUCAAGAAACACCAUAAGCUGGGCAACACCAUCGGCGUCCUCACCAAGUCCGACCUGGCCGAGAACAGCCGCUACGAGCACGACAAGUUCUACGAGUUCAAGCGGCAGCUCAACGGUCAGUCGGAGGACUACAUACCGCUGGCCAACGGCUACGUGGCCGUGCGCAACCGCGACACCCAGGGCACCAGGGGCUACUCGCUCGAGCAGGCCGCGAUCGAAGAGGUCGAGUGGUUCAACCGAAACCUGCCGGGCUACGUGGACAAGAAGCUGGCGUCGAGCCUGGUGCUGGUGGAGAAGCUGGUCGAGAUGAUGUGCACCUACGUCGAGAGCACCUGGGCCACGCAGGCCAAGCUCGCCAUCAACGCACGCAUCGACAAGCUCAAGCGCGACCUCGACGGCCUGGGGCCGGACGUCAGCCAGUUCUUCUCCACCCACGGCGUUGAGUUCGAGGCCGUCUUUGCCGCCCUGGCAAAGGUGGCCGUGCAGCCAGUGGCGUCUCUCCGGUCGACCCAAGCGCGAGGCCAGUCCUACCCCUACCACGCGAGUGAGGUCAAGGCUCGCUGUCUUAACAGUGCGGUGAAGGUGCUGCAGGAGGCGACGUUCGUGGCCGCGGCGGUCAAGCGGCUGCUCGAUGCAGCCAAGCAGCUACGUGUGACCAAGCUCGCCCGUUUCAAGUGCUUCUUCGACACCCUCGAGGCAGUCAUUACCUCCCAGUUUAGUGCGCGCGCGCAGGCCGCCGAGGAGCAACUGGUGAGGAAGGCGGGCGUCCUGUUCAUCAUCUUCGACAGCAACCCCGAGCUUCAGCAGCCCAGCACCGGCUGGGACACGGAUCUUCAGGCUCGCGUUGUGGCGCUGCUAACGACUAUCAUCCACGAGGAGGUCAAGGCGCAGCUGAUCGCCGAAGCCGCAGCGGUGGCUGACAAGCGAAUGAAGUGGGACGUCGAGAGCAGGAACCUUCACAACGCCCUCGCUUCCAUAGCCUCCCUCCAAGGAGGAAAGAGCUAA